UGGCGGGAGUCCUCCGGGUCUUUAUGUGAUCUGCCAUUAUAUCAAAACGAAGAAGACGUUCUUCCGGUGGAUUAGCAAAAUGCAGCGAGAGAAAACAAGCAACGCCACCGCGGCUGAAAAGCCCGACCGGGAGGCCGCCAUCAUGUCCAAAUACUACGACGGAGUAGAGUUUCCCUUCUGCGACGAGUUCUCCAAGUAUGAGAAGAUGGCCAAGAUCGGACAGGGAACCUUCGGGGAGGUCUUCAAAGCCAAACACCGGCAGACCGGGAAGAAGGUGGCGCUGAAGAAAGUUCUGAUGGAGAACGAGAAGGAAGGGUUCCCGAUCACCGCCCUGCGAGAGAUCAAGAUCCUGCAGCUGCUGAAGCACGAGAACGUGGUCAACCUGAUCGAGAUCUGCAGAACCAAAGCGACCCAGUUCAACAGGUACAAAGGCAGCAUCUACCUGGUGUUCGACUUCUGCGAGCACGACCUGGCCGGCCUGCUGAGCAACGCCAACGUCAAGUUCACGCUGGCCGAGAUCAAGAAGGUCAUGCAGAUGCUGCUCAACGGCCUCUACUACAUCCACAGGAACAAGAUCCUGCACAGAGACAUGAAGGCGGCCAACGUUCUCAUCACCAGAGACGGCGUCCUGAAGCUGGCCGACUUCGGCCUGGCCCGCGCCUUCAGCCUGGCCAAGAACAGCCAGGGGAACCGCUACACCAACCGGGUCGUCACGCUGUGGUACCGCCCGCCGGAGCUGCUGCUGGGGGAGCGUGACUACGGGCCGCCCAUCGACCUGUGGGGGGCGGGCUGCAUCAUGGCGGAGAUGUGGACCAGGAGUCCCAUCAUGCAGGGCAACACGGAGCAGCACCAGCUGACCCUCAUCAGCCAGCUGUGCGGCUCCAUCACCUCCGAGGUGUGGCCCUCCGUCGACAAGAAGUACGAGCUCUACCAGAAGAUGGAGCUGCCCAAGGGCCAGAAGAGGAAGGUGAAGGACCGCCUCAAGGCCUACGUCAAGGACCCCUACGCUCUGGACCUCAUCGACAAGCUGCUGGUUCUGGACCCGGCCCAGCGGGUCGACAGCGACGACGCCCUCAACCACGACUUCUUCUGGUCCGACCCCAUGCCCUCGGACCUGAAGAACAUGCUGUCCACGCACAACACCUCCAUGUUCGAGUACCUGGCCCCGCCCCGCCGUAGAGGUCACAUGCCCCAGCAGCCGCCCAAUCAGAACCGGAACCCGGCCACCACCAGUCAGACCGAGUUCGAUCGGGUCUUCUAGGGCCCGGCUGAGACGUUAAGAGACUUCUCCUGCAGGAGCUUCCUGCCUGCUCCAGGUUAGACAGAACGCAGGAUGUUUGGUUCUGCUGAGGGUUCUGCUGAGGGUUCUGCUGAGGGUUCUGCUGAGGGUUCUGCAUCGGCCUCCACCCUGAAGAUGUCAGUGAUGUUCAUGUUCAGGCAGAUCAACACGGGUCAGUGUGUUCUGAUGUUUGAUUUUAGACGGUUCUGUCCAGGUUAUUUAUAGGAAUGAGUGAACGGUCCACUGAGCCAGAACCAACACACAAUAAAGAACUUUUUUUAUAAA